CCUGGGGAGGGAGGAAAUUGAUACACAGAGAAGAGCGUGUGGAAGAAAGAACGAUGGAAGUUGAAGGAUCGUCGAAGAAGAUGAUAGCGACGCAGGAGGAGAUGGUGGAGGCUAGGGUUCCCUUGGCGUAUCGGGAUCAGUGCGCCCAUUUGCUCAUCCCUCUCAACAAAUGCAGGCAAGCGGAGUUUUAUCUUCCAUGGAAGUGCGAAAACGAGCGUCACUCCUACGAAAAGUGCGAGUACGAGCUCGUCAUGGAGAGAAUGCUUCAGAUGCAGAAGAUCCGCGAAGAACAGCAAAAGGCCGACGCCAAACAACCGCUAAUCCUCGUACCCAAACCCGCCAAUGCCUGAUUCCUUUUCCUCUACCUCUCGCUGAACCAUUGCUUGGGACAGAUGUUAUUUCAUGUUUUGCUAUUGUAUGGAUCAAAGUUACCUUGGAGUGUUUGUC